AUGGCCAACAAAGGUCCAUCUUAUGGCAUGAGCCGGGUGGUGCAGGACAAGAUUGACAAGAAGUACGACGCUGAGGUGGAGGAGCUUUUGGUGCAGUGGAUUGUGGCCCAGUGUGGAUCUGGAGUUGGGAAGCCUGAGGCUGGAAAACUGGGCUUCCAGGACUGGCUCAAGGACGGAUGUGUGAGUACCAAUCCAAUGCCUAAGACCCCUCAGACUGAAACAUACAUUUUAACUUAACAGCAUUCAGAAUUCAUAUUAGCCAUUUAUUUGGACAAUCUUUAUUAGAUCUAAAGAUUUGUGUCAUCAGCAAAGAGAAUGGAGAAACAAACACUUUGUAAAUCAGAUGAUGAUCAUAUAAAUGUAAAAACAACAAUGGGCCAAGUAUCGAACCUUGGGGGACCCCACAAGAGUAUAUGAUGGUACAGAUGGUUAUUUUCUCCCAACGUACUCUUACUCUUAGCUUUAUGUUCCUAUUCCCCAGGUCCUGAGUGAGCUCAUUAACAGUCUGCAUAAGGACAACAAGCCCAUCAAGAAGAUAGCCAGCUCAAGCAUGGCCUUCAAACAGAUGGAGCAGAUCUCGCAGUUCCUAACUGCUGCCGAGAGCUACGGUGUCAUCAAGACCGACAUGUUCCAGACCGUGGACCUCUGGGAAGGUUCGCAAAGCAUGUCCAUCUCGCAUAUCAUCAAACAAUCACAACAAUGACAACACAGGGCAUUACAUUUGCCACAGAUAACAGCGGAUGUAGUGGGGGGCACAUACAACGGUGUGGUGUGCUGUAGCUAUGGUGUGGGGACUUAAAGACCCUGCUGUGAUUUUGUGGUGACAGGGAAGGAUUUGGCUGCAGUCCAGAGGACACUGAUGUCCCUCGGCAGCGUGGCUGUCACCAAAGAUGACGGCAACUACCACGGCGACCCCAACUGGUUCUUCAAGUGAGUUAGAAGAUUGUGAAGAAUGCUGGUGUAUUCAGUCAGGGCUGGGGCUGUUUAAAGCUGGGACGUGUAUUGUGCUAUGCCAGUGUGUGUUUUUGAGUUUAUUGUCCAUGUGCCCUUGCAGGAAAGCCCAGGAGAACCGGAGGGAGUUCACAGACGACCAGCUGAAAGCGGGGAAGGGUGUGAUUGGCCUGCAGAUGGGCUCCAACAAAGGGGCCAGCCAGACUGGCAUGUCAUACGGGGCCACCCGACAGAUCCAAUAAUAACAACCAAACCACUGACCCAUGUCCUUUCCCCUCCUUUCUCCACCAUGCCCUGCACUGCCCUCCUCUCCCCUUCGGCCUCUCACUGCAGCUACGACAGGCCCCACAGAUGAAGUCUUAAUGCCUCAACUCAACCUUAUCCCAGUGUAGUAGAAACAGUCUCACUAUGACCAAACUUGACCUGCCCAAUCUAUUACAACCCAAAUCUACGCUGCAAAUACCGUAUGUGAAAUGUGAGUCUUAAGGUGAAAGGGACGACAUGCAUAUACAGCUGUCAAUCACUCAUCCUCAAAUGCAAUUCUCAUGUUUACAUGAGACUGAUAUUUGAAUCAUAGAUGGCACUGAAUCAACUAAGUUCUGCCUUCUUAGUACAAGGACAUUCUAUCAAAAUGUAGAAACAUUAUGAGAGAUUGCUUGAGAGAUCGUUUGAAAAAUACCAAAUAAAAGGAAGGAAAUUAGGUUGAAGUUCAUUAUGUCUUCAUUGUGUCUCCAGUGUUAUGAGUUUUUCAAGUUAACAGUGCUAUACUGUAUGUACCGAUCCCUGCCAACUGCUAUGACCUCUGUAAUAGCCCCAUACUUUUGUACAUAGUCUUAUUAACUCCAUUUGUCCUUGGCCUCCCACAGUGAAAAAGCUUAAAUUCACUGCUUGCUCUUCCCUCAUAUUUAGCCUCACAUUGAAGUGUUUUACCAGUGUCUUUUCAGGACAACCACAGCUACAAGUAGAAAACAAAAUAAUUUGACAUAAACAGUUGCAUCCAUUAAUUUUAUUGACAUAUGUCAAUGCACAAAUAAGGUCAGCUAAGCAAAAACCUGAUAAAAAAUAUAUAAGAAUGCUGUAAGUACAGAAAUUGUUUGCGCAGUGGGAAAUGAAUAUCCAAUACAUCAGUGACAACUGUGUGGCGUUUAGUUUGUGACAGCAACUAUG